AGGCAGACGUACAUCGGCCUGUAACGCACGUCCUAGCCCGAGCGGAAGGCUCAACUGCCACGAGUGGCACCCAUUUAUAGACAGAUCUUGGCCCGCGCGACGAAAAACGCGGCAGCGGCCGUGCCAUCGAGCUCUGACCUCCGAGAGCCGAGGCGAACAAGUGCUGCACCAAUGCGGCAGGCGCUCAAAUACGCCGUCGGCGCGGCCUGCGCGGUCGUCGCGAGCCACCUGCUGCUCCUGCGAGUCCUCGGCCCCUGCGCCCUCGCGAGCUUCGUCGAGGGCGACUGCCGCCGCGACGACGAAACGACAAACAACAUCGGCCGUAGGGAUGCGGGCGCGCGAGCGCGGCGCUACGGCCCCAUCGACGUCGUGUACACGUGGGUGAACGGGAGCGAUCCCGUCUGGCUCGCCGCUAAAGCUAGGUACACUCCAAAAAAACAUCAGCGACGGCGCCUGCUCUGGAAUGACGACUACACGCCCUACGACGACUACCAGAAAUACCACCACGACGAGUACAAGGGCCACUGGGACGACUACCCCGACUCGUGGGCGGAACCCGUCCCGGAAGAGAACGCGACGGACGAUUCCACACCCGCGCCAACCCCGGACGAGGCCGCGUCCGAGUCCAGAUAUAGGGACACGGGCGAGCUGCGGUACUCGCUGCGAUCGCUCGAAAAGUACGCGCCCUGGGUGCGCCAUAUUUAUCUGGUCACGGACGACCAAAUACCAUAUUGGCUGAAUAUGGACUCUGAUAGAAUAACCGUGGUCUCCCACAGAGAAAUCUUCGGGCGGCGCUUCCGCCAGUACCUGCCCGUGUUCUCCUCGCCGGCCAUCGAGACGAUGCUCCACAAGAUUCGCGGGUUGUCAGAUAGGUUCAUCUACUUCAACGACGACGUGUUACUCGGCGCGGAGACGUGGCCCGACGACUUCCUGACGCCGGCGGGGGCACCUCGAAUAUACCUCGCGUGGGACGUGCCGAAAUGUUCGAACGAGUGCAUGGACACCUGGUUAGGUGAUGGUACUUGUGAUGCGUCUUGUAAUGUCUCAGCGUGCGAGUUCGACCGGGGCGACUGCGCCGGCGCGACGGAGGCCGUGACAGCGGACAACAAGUACGGGUCCUUCGACCACCACCACGGCCACGGUUCUGGGAGGAAGUGCCGGCGGGGCUGCCCCGCGGCCUGGCUCGGGGACGGGACUUGUGAUGAAAGAUGCAAUGUUGUGGACUGUGGUUACGACGCGGGCGACUGCGGUUCGUUUUUGGGGGCGCUCCCGUCGCAAACGAACGGGACUAUUGACAUACCGCGCGGGAGUACCGGUGGGUACGCGGAUUUGAAGAGCGAUUUCGGCGAGAACUGCACGUUUCUCAGGGCGCAUUUCAUUCACGCGCCGGAGUUCGUCGUCGAGUCGCUGAUCUUGGAGGCGCCGCAGUUGUUACUGGUCUUGGUCGACAAGAACGCCACAAAUGCGACGACCUGGCGCGCCGUCGUCGAGGCGACCUGUGCGCACGCGAACGCUACUGAGGAGAGAAAUAGGACCUACGCGUUUCAGGUGGUUGAGGCCGCGCCGCCCGUCCUACCCGUAGAGACGGUGACGUCGUGCCUCGCGACGAACUACGGCGCACCUAUACAACUCGUUCCCACGUUUCCUACGCGAGCCAUACGUCUGAACGCCACUGAAGACGUUGUGGAAGUCGCCGCGAGCGUCGCGGGCCGGAACGGUACCGUCUCUACCAAACUCACUGUAGAGCUAGAGGCGCUACUUCAUGAUUCAAAUCUCAUGCUGCCGCUGCCCGGCGAGGCGCUCUGGGGCGAGCUGAGUCCGAACGACAAGGCUCAUCUUUAUGUAGAGAACGGCUCGCACGUCGCCGCUGUGCUGCGGGUCCUACAUAAUGGAGAGGAAUACGCCUGCGCUGCCUACGACGCCCAAUACAGCGACGAUGAGCACAGGCAGGGGCGGCGCCUCCUCCUCGACUCGUACGGCGAGUCCCUCGUGAGAGCGAACCGGCUCUAUGACAACGAGUUCGGUACCAAGCAGAGACGCGUGCCGGCCCAUAUGCCCCAUCUCAUCGAUAAACGAAAGAUGGCCGCGCUCCAGAAGCGCUUCCCCGAGCCGUGGGCCGCGACGGCCCGAAGGCGCUUCCGGUCCGGCGAGGACGCGCAGUACGCCUUUAGCUACAUGCACUACGUCAUGGAGUCGCACGAUGCAUAUGAUGUUUCCAUGAGAGAGGUGUGGCGCGACCUCGAUAGCGAUGGGGAUGGGGAAUUAAGGGGCAACGAGGUCAUCAGUCUCGCGGCGGGCGUUCUGGGGAAGGAGCCCACGGAUGAGGAUAUUGAGCGCAUCUACGCCUGCGCUUCUAGAAGACGAGCCGUCCCGCGUUUAUUUUAUGGAAGCGACGCUCGGUCAUCAAAAUACGAGCGCUACACGAGGAUCGUCACGCGCGGGUCCCUCUCUCAGUGUGAUGAAGCCGUAAAUGGUCUCAGAGAACAGGCACGCACGCGUUUUAAGAGACGGGGCGCCUACAAGGUCGAAGAGACGCUCGACGAGGUCGCGUUCGAGAUGCUGGGCGACGACUACGACUCUACAAAACGCCAGCUCGACUCGAUAAGGGCGCGGCGCACGAAGUUCGUGUGCGUCAAUGACAACGUGAGAAUUAUGACGCCGGCGCUCGCGGACCUGUUCGAGGCCUUCUUCCUGUCAUUUUAUCCAUUCCCGUCGUCGUUCGAACUGCCUCAUGGAAAGCGAAACGAGUACCUGCGCCUCGACGCUUAUAACGCGGCGAAGCGGCGCGAGCGGGCGGCGGCGGCCGCGGGGCUGUGUGUGUUGUUGGGGGUGGUGGCGGUCGCGGUGGCGUCCCAUGCUUCUCCUUCUUCUUCUUCUUCUUCGUCGCGGGGGAAGGAGGAGUGAUCUUUUAAGUUUGGUAUUUGUGUAUUAA